GAAAACCCGGGCAAAACUAAAACCUCUUCUCCUCCUCCUUUCUCCUUUCCCCUCGCCGGCCAGGCCGCGCCGCCGCUUCGCAACCCUCACCCUCACCCCCAUGGCGACCUCCCGCGACGCCGAUGAGAUCAUCGAGAAGCUCUCCUCCGACCGGGCCAGAACCCGCGAUGAGGGGGUGAAGCUGCUGGGCACCUGGCUGCAAGGCGACCGCGCCUUCUCCUUCUGCCGCCUCCUCGCCCGCAACACCGCCAACCUCAAGCCCGCCCAUCUCCCCGCCUGUCUCCGCCACAUGGCCCUUCCUCAUCAUGGCGCUCACCAAAUGCGUCAUCGCCGACAUCUCCGGCAAGAAGCGCUCUCCCAAGAGCGCCGCUGCCAGGAUGCUCCGCCUCGCCGUCCAGUGCGCUCAAGACUUCCGCCUCUCAGGGCGGUCGUUACUUUUGAUUUCCGUCGCUAAGAAACUUUUCAGUCAUAUAUGGGAGGUUGUAAAAGAUGCUCCCAGCUUUCUGAUAGAGUACAGCAUAAUUCUUAGGCAGCUUUUAACUGUUAAGGAGUACCGGUAUCAGAUGAAACCUCGAACAUAUAGCAGUUUUGUUGUGCUCUACAUGAAGAAAGUUGCGACUGGUUUUGAUGAAAAAAUCAGUAAUCAGGCCAGCUCCAAGGAGGAAUCCUUCCGUUGUACACUGACCCUUCACGUUCUACUUGAAAACCCACCGGGUGAUUACCCUGAUAUCAUGAGGGAGGAGGUCCUUUGUGGGUUUUGUGCAAUAUGCUCAAAUAUUAGGGAAGAGGGAAAGCUGACCCGCAAACUUAUAGAAUGCGUUAACACCUUUCUACUGAAGGAUGGGCCAAACCUGGGAUGCAAAUCUGUUGAUAUCCAUAAUGCUGUUCAAGAUUUUAUGUUCCAUUCUUGGCCUGUGACCCACGACAGGGCUUUGAAGAGCUUGUUCAUCACCUAUGCAAAGGUUCAGCUGGAACUUGCUAGGGCUAUUCCUGAGAUUUUGGAAAAACUUCUUGAUGUCAUCAUUAAGGAAUUAGACCAAAAUUUUAAUACUGGAGCCGGUUUAGUAUGGUGCGAGGCACCUCGAGACGAGAAAGCUGGCUCCUUGAGGUGCUUCCAGGAAGAAUUGAUGGAUCUAUCUGCUACUGCCUUAUAUCUGGCCUACAAAUGCACACCGAGGACAUCACAUAACAAGAAAAAGUUAAAGACGGAGCAUGUUAUGACCGCCAUCAUGGAUAGCCUGCUGAGAGGAUCCCUUGUUUGGAGUGGUUCUAUUUGUUGUCUUAUUCACAAGUAUGGGUACCGAGUGGAUAAAUCUUUGUUGAUCAAUUGGUUCAAGGCGACCUGUAAGGGUUUGAAAAGUGUUUUGAGCAAUGCAAAUGCCCUACGGUUUCAAGAUUCACUGCUUUGGCUUAUCAGGGUUCUCAAGGAGUUCUCUGCGCUUCUCAUGUCUAGUGCUAGGGAUGCACCACCAUUUUGGUUAACAAAUGACGAGAUGUCAAUUUUGGAAGGUUAUUGGCAAGAUACCUGGAAUUCUCUUAUUCACGCACUUCCUUUGUUUAGCACCACAGCUCUAGUCGUUGAUUCAGUUCUGAGGUUGUUGGGUGAAAUGAUCAUGCGGGACCAAGUUCAUGCAUCAUUUGUGUCAGAAGAUACAUGGGACCUACAAAUAUUUAAACAAUUACCAUCAUCGUCUACUCUGUACUUCAUUGCUUGUUACUUUUCAAAGAUAGGUUUUCAGGGCGAUGUAUCCAAUUCCAUAUUUAUUAGAAAGAAUCUGUUAAGAUCAACUUUUGAGUUAGUGCACUCCAAGGGUUUCUCUCUUUUGAAUGAACAAAGUGUUCUGAUGAUUCCUGAAACCAUUUUUUCUCUCUGUGCUGGUUUUUCCUCGCCAGUGAUUAACUCAGCAGAUACAUCGCAACUGUUUGGUGAAUGUAAAAACUUAUCUAAGGACAAGUGCUGGUCUCACGAGGAAGAACUAGGUUAUUCUGUGGAAACUCUAUCGGAGAUCAAUCUGGAAAGUCCUACCAAGGCCAUGUCUGAGAAAUGCAGCCGAGCGCACCUUCCUCGGCAUAUUCAGCAACCCUUGCUCCUGGAGCUUCUAGAGUUCACCAAAGGAUUCAUGUCCUCAAAUAAACAGUUUGAGAAAGUGGACUUACCUAAUCUUGUUUAUGCCUGCUCUCUAGUCUGCAAUCUAAUUCAUUGUUCGCUGUUGUCAAGGGUCUUUGAAGAAAAAUCUUCUUUUCUGCAAGUUAUGUUGGAUUAUGUCACCAAUGCCAUAAAACAUAUUGUGUCAGUGGUUAUGAAGGAACAUGCUGAACUUUCUCAUGGUCUUACCAAUCUAGGAUCAGUAUUUGACACAACUGGCUCAGCCUUAUCCUCAUUUAAGAGCUUCAUGCAUUCUCCAUUAUUUAGUCUGUGGAGAGUUAAUAACAAAACUAGUUCUGUGCUUGGUGUCACCGAAUUACUUGAUGAACUCUUAGAGGCAAUUUCUGAGCUAUUUGCUCAGUUCUCUAGUUUGAUGAACAAUUUUGAUGGAGACAAUCCUAGUAAAAUGUUGCCAGUGCCUUUUGUCAGUUUGUCAGAGGACCUACAUCCUGACAACAGAAGUAGUUUUGUUGAUAUGGAUCUUGAUAUGACUGGCUCUGGUGAAGUAGAUCCUGUCACAGCAGGUGGAAGUGGAAGUAUGGGUAUCUCACCACGGCCUUUGGAGUGCAAGCUAGAACUAGUCUGUAUUAUUUCAACUUUUUUCUCUGUUGUGCCGCUUCAUACCUGGGAAGUCUUGUACAACUUAGCUGACAAAGAGGUCAAUAUCAAGGUUGGCCAGGCUAUCUUGCUUGAACUUUGCACAAAUAUCUCUGCCUCAUCAAGUAGUUUAUCUUCUGUGCUCAAUCUUGUAGUUGAUAUGUGGGAAAGAAGUGCUUGUACACUACUUAGCUCUGCAGAUUGUUUAGCACAUGUCCAUGCCUUGCUAAGGAAUUUGACAGCUAAUUGUGAUGUUGGGCAUAAUACUGAUGGAAGGUCACAAGGAUGUAAAGUGGCAUCCAAUGAGAACCAGGAUGUCUUCUUAGACUUACUAAACAAGGCUACAGAGAUCAGUUUCACAGAUUGGUUUUUCCGCAUCAGGCUGAUUAAUUGCAUCUCCAACUUUAUUUAUCUGUUCCCUGAUGUCGCACAGGACAUGAUUGGUCAUUUGCUUAGCAUGCUGCAUGAUACUGAUUACCGUGUUAGGUUGUAUUUGGCUCGGAAAAUUGUUGUGCUAUUCCAAAUAUGGGAAGGACACAGCGAGUUGUUCCAUGAUGUUUGCUCCAGUAUUGGUGUCAAGAUGGUGCAGUUUUCAAAUGAAAAUCCAGUUAGAGCUAGAGAAGUGUUGGCUAUUGGUCCACAGCCUGUUCCUAUUAUUGAAACUGCUCUGAUUACACUAGCUCAUUUGUCCUUACAAAGUGAGGAUAUUGAGGUUGAGUGUGUAUUCAUGAUUUCCGCUGUUGCUGCUAUAGAGCCUUCUCAGCGAGAAUUAACUUAUGCUCUAUUUGAUUCUGUCUCAAAGAGGCUCAAUUAUGCUUCACGAAGUAAGUAUUUGGACCAACUGAUAGGUCCAAUUCUUUUCCGGUGGGUUGCUUGUGAAGUGAGCCUAGUUUCGCUUGUUGAGGUGAAAGAAAUGUUUGGCUUUAAAUCGGAUGAGCCAAAGAACUUCAUUGAACAUUGCUGCUCAUGGUUACUUUCUUUCCUUAUUCUGAGGGGUGAGACUGCCGAUCUUAAUUGGCUAUCCAAGAUUUUGUCUCAACCUUUGUCUGCUGUUAUAAAGGGAUACUUUGUCCCGAUCUUUGGAUUGUGCAUUGCUGCCAGAUAUGGCUCAGGGCCAGAAAAGGACUUAGCAGAGACUGUCUUAUGUGAAUCCCUUUUGCAGCUUGGUGAAAUUUCUGAGCCUGAGCGCGAUGAUCUCAUUAAAAAACAUAUGGUUUCCAUAGUUGGCUUUUUGCUAUCAGUUUCAUCUUCUUCACGUCAGCCAGAAAUCCCACACUUCUCCAAGGAGGCUGUGGCACACUCGGUGAAAACAGUUGUUGACGGAUUUAUGGAUGCAAUGGAUGGUAAUUUGGCUGAAACAGUUGUUAUUGAUAAAAUCAAUAUAUUCCGUUCAGACAGGGUUUUUAAGUUUCUGUUGGCAAUACAUCAGCAAAUUGCAGAUGCUAGCCAUCCUAGGCAUAUUCGCCAUCGGCUUUGUGCCAUUGAGGUUUUGAUAGAUGUACUUGGGCAUAGAGUGGCUCUUUACAGCACUUGGUUCUAUAUUAUUUGUAUAGUGGGGAGUUACAUCCAGAGACAACCAUUGCAAGACCAAUGCUGCAAUAUCUUGUCCAAGUUGUUGGCUGCUUUCAAUUCGAACUGUUCUACUGAAACUGAUGCUGCGCUUGGCAAGCAGCUUCAGCUCUUAGUUCCAAAAUUGGUCACUUGUUGCCUUCGUAAUGAGAAGGGAGGGAAAGGUGCUAUUGCAGACUCAUCAAGAGUUUUAUCUUUGCUUCGUCAAUUGACAGUUGAUGCUGAUCCAUUGCUUUAUGAUUACAUAAGAGAUUUGGAGCCACUUCCUAGCUUUGAUUGCUUAAAAGAUAUACAAGUGUUCCAUGCUUCACUUUCUGGUUCCUAUGAUUCAAGAGAUCAGUUUCUAAAGUUUGUUAGCAGGGCUCCUCACUUGCCACCAGAGCUGUUUCUGCUGAGUCUUCGUAUGCAUCACAAGAAGUUAUUAUUGGGAGAGAUCAUAUAUAGAGGCGAUGUAUCUGUGGAUAAUGCAGACACAAUUAGCUGUUGGCACAGUGACCCGGAUGUUGUUUCUGCUGUAUGGACUCUUGUUGACCUCUGUAGCUCAUCGUCUGUGGCAAAUGAAGCUUCAUCGGUGCUUGCUGAUUUUAUUUCUAGGGCUGGCAUAUCUGAUGUGCAUCAAGUGAUAUUUCAUGUGCCGAAUCUUACUGAAAAGUAUCCCAUACAACCACAUAUUUCCAAGGAGGAUAAAUUGCCCUCGGACUAUGGCAUUUCUGAUGAUAUUUUGGUUGGUCUUCUGAAACUUUUGAAAGCUUGUUUGUCUGAUGAGUCAGCUGAAAUAAUAGAUGUUACUUCACGGACACUGAGGGGAGUUCUGUCAACGGCAAGGGGUCUGAAUGCUCUGCAUUGCCUUGAUUCUCUUGAUAGGUCUUUGCUGAUGGUUCAUUCACGAGGCAUAAAUGCUCAGGUAGUUGAACAAACACUUUUGGGCAUGGAAAAGGUUUCUGGUGUUUCACUUGAAGAUUCAGAUUUAUGGAGAACUGAUGGUCGGACUUACAAGCAAUGGCUAUGCACCUUGGUGGGCUCACUAAUUUGUCAUUGUGAUGACAUCAUCUUGAGACUUUGUAGGAGUAUUGCUUUUCUCAAAGUUGAGGUUGCUGAACUUUUGCUUGCAAGUGCUCUUGUGAACAUUGCGGGCAAUUUGGAUUCAAAUGCUGGCAUCUGCAGAUUAAUUUCAUCUAUGGUGGAGGAAAAAAUAUUUUGUGACUCCAAUCAUUUGAUGAAGUCAGUUUAUCUGUUUUUGGAUGCGCUGAAUGUUGUCAGGUCUUAUUAUGUUGCAGAAAAAGCCAGAGGUUGCCCUUCAAAUACUCUCAAGGAUGGUAGAUCUGUUAGAUCCAAAAGUCGAUCACCAACCACCACCCCAUCAUCCUCCUGGAAGAAGGUGUACUGGCUUUCAGUUGAUUAUCUUGUGGCUGCCAGAGCUGCUAAUAGGUGCUCAUGUGACUUUGCAACACUAAUGUAUGUUGAGCUUUGGUGUGAGGAAAAAUUCAAUAUGCUAGCAUUAGGACCUCCAGAUUUUUCGCACGAAGAGUCGUUGCCCCCACAUAUUGAUCUACUGGUUGCUUCAUUUACUCGCAUAAAUGAGCUGGACAGCAUUUAUGGGAUCACACUGGCGAAUGAGAUAACUUCACAAAUCAUUAGAUAUGAGCAUGAGGGUGAUUGGAGUAGUGCUCUUGAAUAUCACGAUUUACUUGUAAGAUCAACUCGAAAGGAGAACCAUGGCAGUUUGGCUGGGACAGCAUUGACUGGACCAUCUGAUGUGCCUUCUAAAGCUGAAGAGAAGAUGCUGAACUGGCAAAUGCACAAAGGUCUGAUGAGAUCUUUGCAGAAGACUGGAUGUAGUCAUGUCCUUGAUGUCUACUGCCAAGGUUUAAGCAACCAAAAAAGUUGUCUUCAACAAGAUUCAGAAUUUAUUGAUAUGCAAUAUGAAGCUGCUUGGAGAGCUGGAAAUUGGGAUUUCUCCUUUUUCAUUCCAUACUCUUCUCAGCCUUCUACCCAUUCCCAAAGUUACUGCCUUUUCAAUGGAAAUUUGCACAGUUGCUUAAGAGCUCUGCAGAAUGGUGAUUCCGAGGAGUUCCAUGUGAAGCUUUCUAACUCCAAGAUGGAUCUUGUGCUGGCUCUUUCAAAUGCUAGCAAGGAGAGCACAAAAUACAUCCAUUCUACUGUUAUCAAACUACAGAUGUUAGAUCAUCUUACUAUGGCUUGGGACCUACGAUGGAAAUUCUGUCUCAAUCAGACAUCAAAGUCUUAUGUUGGAAACAAGGAUUUUUCUCCAGUUCCAACUGUUCCUACAAGGAUGCAGUUGGAACUGCUGAAUAAAGAGUGGACUUUCAUCCUGUGUCAAACAGAACGUAACCUUGACCUUUUGGAACCUUUUCUAGCAUUCCGCAGUGCCGUCCUUAAGAUCUUAGGUUCUGAAGAGCAUCUCAGAGAACAUUUAUUUCAAUCUGCUUCAGCACUCCGGAAGGGAGCAAGAUUUUCUUUGGCUGCAGCUGCUUUAUAUGAACUCAAAGAACUUCGUUACCACAUGGAUCAUCAAGCUAUGCCAAAUUCUUAUUUCCUAUUUAAGCUUGAAGAAGCUAAACUGCUGAGAGCUCAAGGGCAGCAUGAUAUGGCUAUAAAUCUUGGGAAAUACAUUCUAAAGAACCAUCCUGAUAAGAAGAAUGUAUCAGAUGUCUAUCGAUUAGUCGGCAAGUGGUUGGCUGAAACAAGAUCGAGCAAUUCAAGAACUAUCAUUGAUGACUACCUAAGGCAUUCCGUAGAUUUUACUGAAUUGCACAAGUGCCCAGACAAAAAGUACAAGUCUAGGCAGUGCCGAACAUAUUUCCAUCUAGCGCAUUACACAGAUGGCUUAUUCAAAAGCUAUGAGGAAAGACUUUCAUCCAACGAAUGGCAAGCAGCUCUGCGAUUAAGAAAAUACAAGUCUAAGGAGCUGGAUACACUGAUGAAAAGACUUAAAAGUUCAUCAAAGAGUGAAAAGACUGAUUACUCAGUGAAAAUCCAAGAGUUACAGAAACAACUUGCACUUGACGAAGAAGAGGCAGGGAAGAUUCAGGAUGAUCGGGACAAAUUCUUGAAUCUAGCGCUUCAGGGGUACCAACGCUCACUCGUUGUCGGUGGGAAAUAUGAUCUACAAGUGGUUUUCCGGUUGGUCUCACUAUGGUUUAGUCUUUUCUCAAGAGAGCAAGUUGUGAAAGCAAUGAUGAAAACAACAAAAGAGGUCCAGUCCUACAAAUUCAUACCAUUGGUCUAUCAAAUUGCUUCUAGACUUGGUAGCUCAAAAGAUGCGCAGGGCUCAACAAACUUCCAGAAUGCGCUAGCUUCUCUUCUGAAGAAAAUGGCCAUUGAUCAUCCUUAUCAUACAAUAUUUCAGCUUUUGGCUCUAGCAAAUGGUGACCGCGUCAAAGACAAGCAAAGGAGUAGAAGUUCUUUUAUUGUAGACAUGGACAAGAAACUUGCUGCUGAAAAUCUGUUAAAGGAUUUAUCUUCUUCUCAUGGAGCUUUGAUUCGUCAGAUGAAGCAAAUGGUUGAGAUCUACAUUAAGUUGGCUGAACUAGAGACCAAGAAGGAGGACACGAACAAAAGAAUUCCACUACCUAGGGAGAUCCGCAGCAUUUGUCAGCUUGAACUUGUUCCUGUUGUAACUGCUAGUAUUCCAGUCGAUCCUAAUUGUCAGUAUGAAGAAGGUUCCUUUCCACAUUUUAAUGGGCUAGCAGAUUCUAUUAUGGUAAUGAAUGGAAUUAAUGCUCCGAAGGUUAUUGAAUGUAUUGGCUCUGAUGGUAACAAAUAUCGCCAACUCGCAAAAUCUGGAAAUGAUGACCUGCGACAAGAUGCUGUGAUGGAACAAUUUUUCAGUCUAGUAAAUAUGUUCUUGCAAAAUCACAGAGAUACAUCUGAGAGGAGAUUGAGAAUUCGCACAUAUAAGGUUGUUCCCUUCACCCCAAGUGCUGGUGUUGUUGAAUGGGUAAACGGGACUGUUCCUCUUGCUGAAUAUCUUGUGGGAAGUACAAGAAGUGGUGGAGCACAUGGAAGAUAUGGAACUGGAGACUGGACAUAUCAUCAAUGCAGGGAGACCAUGACAAAUGAAAAAGACAAGAGGAGGGCGUUUGUCAAAGUCUGCAACAACUUCAGGCCUGUGAUGCACCACUUCUUCCUUGAGAGAUUCUUGCAGCCUGCAGAUUGGUUCCAAAGUAGACUUGCUUACACAAGAAGUGUGGCAGCAAGCUCAAUGGUAGGAUAUAUUGUGGGACUUGGAGAUCGUCAUUCCCAGAAUAUUCUCAUUGAUCAAGAGACAGCUGAGGUUGUACACAUAGAUCUUGGUGUUGCAUUUGAACAGGGUCUCAUGCUUAAAACUCCUGAACGGGUUCCAUUUCGCCUGACGAGGGACAUGAUAGAUGGCAUGGGAGUUACUGGCGUUGAAGGUGUAUUUAGAAGGUGUUGUGAGAAAACUCUUUCGGUCAUGAGGGCAAAUAAAGAAGCGUUGGUCACUAUUAUUGAAGUCUUCGUCCAUGAUCCGUUGUAUAAAUGGGCUCUUUCACCACUGAAGGCUUUACAGCGUCAAAAGGAAAGUGAAGACAUUGACUCGUGCUUGGAUGACUCGCAAGAGGCUUGCGAGGGCAACAAGGAUGCAGCCCGAGCUAUCCUCCGUGUUAAGCAGAAACUAGAUGGAUAUGAAGAUGGUGAAAUGAGAAGUGUACAGGGCCAGGUGCAACAACUGAUACAGGAUGCAGUAGAUGCGGACCGGUUGUGCCAAAUGUUUCCAGGGUGGGGAGCAUGGUUGUAAGCAGUAAGCACUAUGCCACUAUGAACAAAAAGAUGGAAUCUGAGCCAAGGCAAAAAUGUGCCCAUGAAGCUUUUAGUUGAUGCCCUCAGGGUGCUCUCCCACACAUACAUUCAUACUGUAUGGGAUGGGAUGGGUUCUUUAAUUGAUGCCCUCACUCAAACAGCAGUAGAGUUAAUGACAAGACAGUGGCAUUUGGUUGUUGAAAGAUUCAAAGGGCAUGUCUACAUACAUCAAACAGCUGAUGCCUUUCGCAGUUGAACACGAUGAGAAGAUUUUCUUGGCGUUUGCCCAGGCACAAACAAGGUGCGGUGUACAGUGUUGAGUGUUUCCUCAACCCCCUGUUACGAUGCAAUGUAGAGCUGACACACAAACGAAAAACAUAGUUUUUUUUUUUUGGCCAUCUGUUGGUGCGUGAGCGUGUACAUUAUCGUAGAAAGAGCUUUUCCUGUAUCAUUAUUUGAGCAGCGCAGCGCCUUAUGUAUCGAUCGAUUUUUGCCCAACAGGCAGAGUUUUGCGUUAAUGAGUCGUUAUCUGCAUUGAUG